GGGCGGGCCUCGGCAUUUGUGAGAGCAGAACGGAACAGUGCAGGAACCGGCCGGAGCUCCCGUGCGGGGCGGUGCGUGUGCGACUGCCGCUGCACAAAAAUGCACUCGGAUGCUGCCGCUGUCAAUUUUCAGCUGAACUCCCACCUAUCAACACUGGCAAAUAUUCACAAGAUUUACCACACUCUUAAUAGGCUGAAUUUGACAGAAGACGCAGGCCAAGACGAUCGCCAAACAGGAAAUCUCAGGUCUUGCAGUUCAUCAGACUGCUUUAGCAAAGUGAUGCCUCCAAGGAAAAAGAGGAGACCCACAGCUGGAGAUGACCUGUCAGCUAAAAAAAGUCGACAUGAUGGCAUGUACAGAAAAUAUGAUUCUACUAGAAUAAAGGCAGAAGAUGACAUGUUCUCAAGCAAAAGGUGCUUAGAAUGGUUCUAUGAAUAUGCUGGAACAGAUGAUAUUGUGGGCCCUGAGGGAAUGGAGAAAUUCUGUGAGGACAUUGGAGUUGAACCGGAAAAUGUAGUUAUGCUUGUUUUAGCUUGGAAGCUAGAUGCUCAGAACAUGGGUUACUUUACAUUGCAAGAAUGGCUAAAAGGAAUGACGUCGCUGCAAUGUGAUACAACGGAGAAACUAAGAAAUUCUUUGGAUUACAUGAGAUCUUUAUUAAAUGAACCUACUAACUUUAAACUUAUAUAUAGAUAUGCAUUUGAUUUUGCACGUGAAAAGGAUCAGCGAAGCCUAGAUAUAAAUACUGCCAAAUGUAUGUUAGGACUUCUCUUAGGAAAAACAUGGCCUCUGUUUCCAGUAUUUCAUCAGUUCCUAGAGCAAUCUAAGUACAAGGUUAUCAACAAAGAUCAAUGGUGCAAUGUUUUGGAGUUCAGCAGAACCAUUAAUCUUGACCUCACCAACUAUGAUGAAGACGGAGCAUGGCCAGUGUUGCUGGAUGAAUUUGUGGAGUGGUAUAAAGAGAAACAAAUGACAUAGGAAUUUUAACUAUGCACAGCCACUCAAGAGUCUUUGUUACUACAGUUAAGUCAACCAUUAGCCAUAAACUGCUAUUUGUAUCAAAGUGCAUGCUGCUUUUCCUGCACUGUAUUCCCAUUUUCAGGAACCUUUUGAUGUUUUGCUGUUUAACAGGCCAGCUCUGCUUGCUGUGUAGCAUUGUUCUCUUCGAAGGCUGCUUUGCGUUUUGUAUUGACACUACAGAUGGUGAACUUACCAGCAUCCUCACUGUGAUUAUGUGUACAUUGCUGUCUGAACUUUGUAUAUGUGUAUAAAAAGAAACUUUCACCUAGGAAAUUAUUUCAGCAGAAAUGUAUUGUAAAAAUAAUUUUGUGGCAUAAUUUCUAGCUGCAUUCAAAUAACCAUGUAACUUAAUUUUUAAUUUUUACUUGAUCUCAGACGUAGCAUUUCAGGAAAAAAAAAAGAUUGUUGGGACAGUUACCGUGAGGAGCUAUUACCAGUUAGCAACAUUGUUGAAGAUGCCAAUUUAUAAGGGGAGAUCUUGCAGUAUGAUUUCUUCCACAGCUGGAUGCCCAACGAUUAUGUAGUGAGCAAAUAUUGGCUUUCUUCUUUUUUUAACAAAAAUUAAAACCUUUGUACUGUCCCUGUUGUGAACACUUUCCUUCGAGCAGUGUAUUCAAAUCUUUGUAAUUUGAAUCCAACCAAAUUUCAGAUUCACAAGAAAAUGAAAGGGCAAAAAAACAUGCAGCUGAGUGUCUUUGUUAAUGCCAUGUUCUCGGCUGCUGCUUACAGUCACCUAAAAGCAGGACAUCUAAAAUACAAGACCUGUUCCUACCCUAAAAGCCUUCUCUACCCAAUCAGGUACUCCCAACUACCUCUUGCAAACCUCCUACUCUACAAAUGGACUCCCUUCUCUCUUACCUUCACACCGAAUAGAGUUACCUGUGCCACAAGCAGCUCCAAUUGAAAAUAGCGCUGACUUUCUAACGCUCAGAUGGCUAGUUUGCUAAUAGGUACAAACGAUUGAGUUAAAAAUCUGAUUUAAAAUGGUUUUUAGGCUCGUAAAUUGGUAUAUUCCUUUGUUUUGCUUUUGCUGUUCCCAAAGUGCAUUGACUGUCUUGAUGAGGACAGUGAAGCUUUGCGUAAGAUUAAAGUUAGCAUAGUUUCAUGGUGGGUGAUGUUUGGGGUGUCAGGAGCUUAAAAUGUUCCCAUGUUGUAAGAUGAAAGAAACUAUUAUCAGUUCUGAAGACGCCCUGAAAACCUUACAACAUGGGAACGCUUAAAAGACACCCUUGUAGGUAAAGGGCAAAAUGAUCACCAGCAUUAUGUCAGUCAUUUGGGAUGACUUUGUGUAUUGGUUUGCACAGAAAGGUUCAAGCCAUUGCUUGCUUGAGGGAAUUGAAUCGAAGAAGGCAUAUGCUUUAUGUUACCGUAGCCACAGUCGUCUUAGUUGUUCAGUCCUAAAAUUAACAUAAAACAAAAUUUAAGAGGAUAGUUCUAGUAAACUUUUAUCCCUGAAAUAUAAUUGUGAAAAUACCUCCCGAGAAUUCAGUGAUGUCUGUCUUACAGAAAGUCUGCUGUGGAAUUAAAACUUUAGUUUUUGCCAGAAGCUAAAAAUUAAGCGUGGGAUGGGUAUGUGUCUGAUUAUAUUACAUAAUACACUGCCUGUGUGCUGAGACCCCCAAUUUAGCAAUCAGUACUAAGUCUGUUCAAAUCCCUGAUUCUAAUUUUCUGAAGUUACUGGCAGAAGAUGCAAAAACAUCAGGGUUUUUAAAAAUGACCGAGUACUUCUAGUGCUGCUUUGUUUGUUUAAUAGUCAUGGGCUGGAAUUCAAAGGGACCGGACGCAAAGUGUUCCUGCAUGGCACAUGUAUGUGGGAAUUUUCCCCUUCUAACACAGCCCCUCAAAUCAGGGAAUAUCUUUCUUGAAAGGCCUCUGCUUGUCAAUAGAUUUAUGUAGGGCAUUGGAAAGGGGAAGCUGGACAACUUUUGGAUCUUAGCCAUGAUUCUUUCAGAGGUAUUUGGACUACAGAAAACUAUGUUUUUGAAAAAGUAGUGUGAGUUAUCUGCAAUACAAGCAAGGGUUUAGAAUUUCAGAAUGUGUUUUAUAAUACCAUAACUUAUUCAUGCAUAUUUUGCUUUUUAUAUAAGAGCAAAUAUGAAAAAAAAGAUACUACAGUUGUAUUUCAACAGGUAUGACAUUUCUCAAGAUAGAGUGUAUAUAAGCAUCUGAUAACUUUUGGUUUUAAAGCCUACAGUAUGUAUAGCAGUUAAGGAAAUAAUGGUAAAGUAGCACGACGCACAAACAUUUUUUUUGAAACAAUGUCUGUGGAAUCAAUAAAACAAGCUUCCAGUAAUGGAGGCGAGAGCCAAAGAAAAUUAAUGUGAUAAUGAAGGUCAGCACAAAGUCAACAGAACUGUGACUAGCCAAUUCUUGCGUUAUAUUUUGUGCUUUGCAAUGGAUGUUGGAGUAAGAAACACAAGCAUCUCAUCAUUGUGAAGUGGAAGGCUGUGAGAAGUCUUCCCUGUGAGAAGUCCUCCCCUGUCAAAAUUUAACAAAAAGCUUAUGUAUUCUGUUCCUAUAUCCACUGGUGUACCGGGCCUAAAUGGCGCCCAGGGGCAUGACCGCCUCCCCGCACCCUUCCCUCUGGCCCGGCUCCCAGAGCCCCUCUUACAGGAGCCAGCAGGGAGGCUGGGGAAGAGUGGGGCUCAGACGGGCGCCACCUGAGCUGGCCUGCAGGGAAGCUGGGAGGGGGGAAGGGCUCAGUGGUGUGCAGCUGGGUGCACGCUGUUUCAUCACGUGGAGGACGAAAUGGCAUGCGCCCGGGGACAUGGGAUACCCCAUGUCCCCAUUAGCAGUAUGCCACUGCCCAUAUCCAAACAGAAAGCAAAGUUGGUCCAUGAUUUUACUGAGGACAGUGAGAUCUGAAUUGAUGAAGUUUUCACUACUUUUGACAAAUGUGUAUAUAUAGAAGAACUGGAAGACCUAGUUGGCUUUUGGCCUGGGGUCUAACAAAGUACUGACAGUACUAUUAACACACUGUCAUGUGUCUAUAUUAUCCAGAAUGGCAUACAUUGCUGAAUCAACCCAGUUGUUGACUUGAUUCAUUGUUCUGCUGGCUUAAAAGUGCUCUGCUGGACAUUCAAAACUUUUCCCUAUCAAAGGCAAUGAUUUCUAAGCAAAUAGUAAAUUUCCCUAAGUUUCCUAAGAUUUUUUUUAAUGCUUUGGAAUUCUCUAAAUAGAGUAGUGUGUUAAGGGCUUUUUCUUUAAAAAAAAUUGUCAUCAUUCAGUCAAUGGUUUGUCCUUGCCUUUUGUACAAGUCAUUCUGGCAAUAUGUUCAUGAACUAUUCUCAUUUAAAAGAAAAAAUGAUUAAUGUAACUUUUUUAAAAAGACCUAGUGGAUAACUGAUAUUGUCACUGGAGAAAGCAGACUUCAAAAACUGUCACUUAGAAUUCUUAUGUAACUACCAAGACUCCUAGGUUAAACCUUGCUUCACCUUUUACAUGACUUUUAGAAUUAAAAAUUGAAUUGAGGAUUCAGGGCACUACAACACAUACUUUUGAAACUUUCUUUUCAAACAUACUGAAGAUAAAGACAUGGUUAAUGUUGCUUAUGUACAUAGGGAAACAAAAUUGGGGAAACAUCCAAAAGAACGUGCAAGGGUAUAAAUUUACCAUCAAAUGUGUUUUGAUGUUUAUCAUGUACUUAGCUCACUUAAGUUGAAUAACUUGUUUUCAGAAAUUAUGUGCCAUGGGGUUCUGCUACUCAACGAGCAUUGGUGAAAUCCCUUUGGAGGUAUUUGAAUGUAUGAACUUACCUGCAUCCAUCUUGUCCCGAAACAUGGAUCUAACACUGCUUAAAUACAAUAAAGCUCUAAGGAUUUGUUCUGUGACUGUGUUAAUUACAACGACAAAAUACCUCUUGAGAGCCUUGGACUGUCCUUUCACAUUGUAGUGCAACUGCAUAGAACUCAUUCACCAACUUAAAUUUGGUAAUUUCAGACUAAAUAGGAGUUGUAUUAACAAUUUCAGCUGUGACAUGUUGCUGUUGUAGAAACAGCAGUUAACCUGAUGGCUGUGACCUGCUUUUUCAAAAUGUCUUUGGUAUUUCCAUAUUGCAACUUCAGGUGUGCUUAAAGUCCUGUGGCUCAACCUGAAAAGUACUGUUAUUCCACCUAAUCUGACUUUGGUAGACUGCAGUCUUCUAUGUAAAACUGAUAUUCCACAAAUAAACAGUAUUUGUGUUUUGGUUUCAGAAA